AAUUCUUUUCUACCCCUCAGACCGGUUUUGGAGUCCAUGUCAGACCGAGUCACGCUCACGGACUACGAGGCGCGAAGGUUACUCAACGCCAUCGUGAAGGAGUUUGUGCAGAUGACGGCGGAGGAGCUGGAGCAGCAGGCGAGCGAAGGGAACAGCAUGGACAGGCCCAUAACCAAGCGGUGCUCCAACCUCAGCACCUGCGUGCUGGGCAAACUGUCUCAGGAGCUGCACAAGUUGCAGACGUUCCCCCGCACAAACGUGGGAGCCGGAACGCCCGGCAAGAAGCGCAGUGCGCCUGAGAGCGACAGCUAUGCAAGCUACGGCGAGACGUUUGACAGCAUCUAAAGCCCUUCCUCUUCUACCUUUUACUGCAUCUCUUCCUCCUCAUCCUCCUCUCCUCACCCCUCCAGUUUCUGCCUUAUUUGUUUGUUUUUUUUCCCCCGGAUCGUGCAUGUCUACUUUUACCUGCUUGAUUGACAUGAAAAGAAUUUAAACCUUUAAAGGCAACCAAGUCUUUAAGUUCUUAACUCCUCCCUGCUUUUUCGUUUUUUUGGCAGAGAAUAAUUAGUCCCAAAUGAAGGAAUUUCAGACAAUCAGACUUGUUUUAUGUUACUCAGAGCCAGUCCAGACAUCUAUCUGUGUUCACUGUGCGUGGAGUCACUUGAUGGCAUUUCAAAGCCCCCGAAACUUAACAGUUGGGAGAAAUCACUUAAUCCAAACGAUUAAUAAACUAUCCUCUCAUGCGACACCAUGUUUCUUGUUCAAUAAACGUAUUUUUCUACCAGGAAGCCUGAGCUCAUUUUCAUUCUUAGGGCUACUUUAUAAACAGUCAUUGGGUACUUCAUGAACGAAUGAACAAAUAUGGACCUAAAUAGGAUUUUAAAGCACCGUCGAAAUUAUCUCUGAAUCUCUCGUCGAGUCUGAAGGUAAGAAAAAUGUAUCAAAAUAUUGUGAUCAAACCCUGCAUAUCUGUUUCAUGUACCGUCCCGUGUUUCUUCAGUGCUGUGACGUUAACUUUGAUUGGAAAAAAAAACAACAAGCUGUGCGCAGAAAUGCAUGGUGUGCAGCCUCUCGGUGUCGUAGUGCAGGUGGAGGACGUCCCAGCAGGUCGUGGCGUUAACCCCUGGUU